UCAUUUUGGUUUUCUUUUCUUAAAAAUGUUUCUAGCUUUCCAGUCACUGAAGCAGACGCAGGUUUAGCACACCCCCCCUUUUUUUUUUUCUUUAAAUAGUCCCCUGGCACGACCGUCAUCCUCUCUUUGCUGCAACAAGUCACUGGUCCGGUCACAAGCACUUCUCACAAACAUCUGCUGAACCGGAGACGCUUCAAAUUGCAUCUGAGAAGAAAGCAAACUACAAAUUCUGAAGAUGGGAAAAAUUAAUCCAUGCAUGAAAAUCUGCUUUGUCAUCUUGAAUGCUGCGAUUGCAGCCUUUGGGUGUCUGGCGGUUGCUGGAUUGCUUAAGAAUGGCAGCUUGGCAGCACAGAGCGGAUCCACCCUUUUGUUGACCUGGAUAUAUGUCAUCUGUACUGUUGUCAUUGGUGCUGUGGGCCUCCAUGCAGGACGCAAGGAGAAUGUACUUGGGCUGAAAAUAUUUGCAGGCUUAAUAAUGGUGGGGCUGAUGGCGAAUCUGGUCUUAGGCCUCAUUGUUGUUGUUGGACGAGCUCAGGUUUAUCGGACCUUUCAAGACAGUGAAAAUGCAAGACUCCUCCUGCAGGACCACAGCAUGCGGAAUGACAUCAUACAGCUCCAGAUAACAGAGGAUUGCUGUGGACUGGCGAGUGCCAGUGACUGGGGCGUAAACAUCCCUGAUAGCUGUUCUUGCUUUGGCUAUGGAUCUGAAUGCAUAGAUGCACCUAUGGGAAGUGAAGGUCCAUCGCGAGUCUACAAGAAGACGUGUGGCAGUCUGAUCGCAAGCGCUCUUAACCCCAUGUUUGAGGCCAGUCUGGGAAUCUCCUUUGGCAUGGCCAGUGUCUGCCUGUUGGGUUUCAUCAUGUCUCUGAUGAUGAUAAAGCAAGUCCAGCGAUGUGCUAAUCUGGGUCCAUAACCAGUGACAUGCAUCCUGGAGUCUCUGUUGUUCACUGUCCAGCUUCAGCCUACCUGAGGCCCAAAUAUUCUCCGCCUCAACUGCUGUCCUUGCCUUGAAUUUGACUGUUUUCUGGCUUCAAAGCUUUAGAGCUAUAGGCAAUGUAUUGUAUUGUGUAUUACAUUGUAUGUAAUGUACUACAUUACAUUUUUUUAUAUUCAUUUGAUGAACAAAACAAAGGCUUUAUAUCAAUAUUUCUGUCUUAAUCAUUGGCAACAAUAAAAUGGAAUCAUGUGUUUGCUUGGUACAAUGAUGUGUGAAAAACAGUCGAAUGAACUGUUUGGAAAAUGAAC